UGAGGAUUGAAGGCUUUUGACCUUGUUGAAAUUAGCACCGAGGCGCAUCAGUUGUAUCUGUGCACAGGUAGGUCUCGUGGUUGGCAUGUAUCGGUGCUUUGUCUGAUCCCUUCGGGUUUUAAGUUAAAUUUAAAACGGUUUACCCACAGGUAUUAUAAUGGCAGUCGGCGGUCAGAAAAAAGUUACAAAAGGGGGAAAGAAAGGCGGGAAGAAGAAAACGUCCGACCCAUUCACCAAAAAAGAGUGGUAUGACAUUAAGGCUCCAGCCAUGUUUUCCAAGAGGACUUGUGCACGAACACUGGUGACACGAACUCAAGGCACACGUAUAGCCAGUGACGCACUCAAAGGUCGUGUAGUUACACUUAGUCUCGGAGAUCUCAGCGAGAAGAAUGAAGAAUUCUUCCGCAAAUUUAAACUUCAGGUUGAAGAUGUCCAGGGACGUCACUGCCUAACCAAUUUUCAUGGACUGGAACUUACUCGAGACAAGUUGUGUUCAGUUGUUGUCAAGUGGCGUUCAACCAUCGAAGCACAUGUUGAUAUAAAGACAACAGAUGGAUACUUGCUUCGUUUCUUCAUAAUCACGUUCACUCCAAGUGUUCCUCGGUCCGAAAGACUCCAUUCUUACGCACAGAGCACACGUAUUAAACGAAUACGUGCGCGUCUUAUCGACAUUAUUCGACAGGAAGUUUCUACCUGCGACUUGAAGGAGGUCGUCAAUAAGCUUAUUCCAGACUCCAUUGCACAGGAUGCUCGAAAGGCUGCAUCGUGGAUUUAUCCACUUAGUGAAACAUUUAUUCGCAAGGUUAAGGUGCUAAAAAAACCAAAAGCUGAUCUUGCCCGGUUGAUGGAACUUCAUGGUGAGUCGAAGUCAGCCGCUCCUGGGGAAACUGUUUCUCGCCCAGAUCACUAUGAACCUCCAAAAGUUGAUUCAGUGUAAUUCAAUAUAAAAUUCACCUGGA